UGUCGCCAGCACAUGAAAACGGGUUGAGGGAUUAUACAUAGAGAGAGAGAGAGAGAUAUCAAGAAAGUUCCGAUGGUGCAAAUUAGGGUUAUGUCUCGUUUGGCAAUUAUUGUAACGUGUUUGGUGUGUUUAGGGUUCAAUGUUGGGAUGUGUUCUGAUUCAGAUCUCUUGAUCAAGACUUACGUGUCAUCAUCGCUACCGUCUAACAAUGACUUUAUCUAUUCCGCUAAGCUUAUGGCAAUUGACAGUGUCACUGAAUCGGAAUGGGAUUCACUUGUGAUCCAGUCCGAAGUCCCGGUGAUGGUUAUGUUCACAGCCAAAUGGUGCGAUCCAUGUCGUAUGAUGCGCUCCAUAAUGGAUGCAAUGGCCUCAAAUCUCACAGGUCGGUUCAAAUUCUACGUAGUCGACUUUGAGCAGGAGGAAAGCAUCGUAUCACGUUAUAAUGUAUUCGCUCUCCCGACCAAUAUUGUCUUCAAAGGCGGAGAAGAAGUGGCUAGAGUUGUCGGAUUUAAUGUAAGGAGAGUACGGGAGCUCGUUGAUAAGUAUGUGUGAUUCUCCCACGUCUCUAGCUAGUCCAAUUUAUAUAUAUAUAUAUAUAUUUGCUACUUCAUUUUGCUUCUGUGUGCACUACUGCUAUAUAUGUGGGUUGAGUUUCGUCUGUCUUCUCUAGUCAAUUAUUACCUAAAAUAAAACAAAAUUCACUGCC